GAGAAGCCCUCGUUGGGCUCUCGUGCUCACAGCGCGCUCGGUUCCCGAACCCUAGACGAUUCGAGCAUUUUUCUUGCGUCGAUCUGCGCGGAUUGUGAUCCUUGCGGGUGGAUGAAGCGGCAGAUCCGUCGGGGCUCGAGGGUGGCGGACGCUUCCGACUGCCGGCCGCCGUUCGCCGCGAGGACGCCGCGGCGGCGGCGGGUCCCGUGGGGGCACGUGCCGGUGCAAGUAGGCGAGGAGAUGGAGCGGUUCGCAGUGCGGGCGGAGCUGCUCGGCCGGCCGGCCUUCGUCGAGCUUCUCCGUCGCUCCGCCCAGGAGUACGGCUACGGGCAGGGCGGCGUGCUGCGGAUCCCCUGCCCGGUACCGCUCUUCCGUCGCCUCCUUCUCCUCCUAUCCUCUUCCUCCGCCGUGGCCUCGGACGACGAUCCUGCCCUCGAAGAGCUUUUCCGUGUGCUCCCGGCUGACGGCGACUAGUUCUCCCCUGCUCUGCCUACCAUUUAAUCUGAAGGCAGAGGAGGACGGCAUUGUAAACUUUCCUUGCUCUCUGUUUUUUUAACCUCCUUUCGAUGUUUGAUGCAGUGAGAACAAACUCGACUAGGUCGGAGUGGUUCCAAAUACGUGAAAUUAGGAUGAUCUACUCUAGAAAAAAAAAACAAUCAUUUUUUCGUCCCACAAGCCAUGUUUUAAUCAUAAUUUUUUGUUCAUGACUGAUGGUUUCUAUUCUUCAAGGUGUCUAAGAUUCACAACUGAGCUGAAUCUAACCUCUCUCAUGUAAACAAAUCUCAAAAUGUUGGUAACUAUUGCAAUUAUGAUGAUGUAUUGAGGUUACUAGAGCUAAUUAGCAGACAAAUUCUCAUUAUUGCUUGCUGAUCUGGUGAUUUGGUAGUAAUAAUAAAUAAAAAAUGCAUUGUUAACAAUCAUGGUCAAGAAGACAGACUUUCAAAACGAAAUCCUGUUAGUGACUGGAGUAACAUCACUUUUCUCUUUAGAUCUUAUUAUUUUUGUUCUUGUUUUUCAAUUGCAAUGUUAUUAAUUCUGGUGACUAGCCUUGUUGUUGCCUUUUCGUUUUAACUCACUUCCAUUACUUUAAUCUGCCUACUAAGCUUAUACGGUUUGGUUUCUGCAAAUCUUGCCAAUUGAUUACCUUGUGGUUUUCUUCUCAUUUACUUGUAAAUUAGACAAGAAUAUGUGAACAUUUAGCAACAGUGUACUGUAGAUGGGGCACGCUGGUACUUGACAUUUGUACACGAGAUUAAAUUUGAUGUACUUUGUUGUGGGUAGUUGACGACAAACCAAGAGGAAAGGGCCAAGAACUUUCCAAUAAUUGUAAGUUUUGUGUUUGAUGGCCUCUUUAUCCUAGAUCUUGAUGGUGUCCUUUAAAGCUUUAUGUUAGGCUUGCAAAGUUUUAUUUUCAGGGUGUUCAAUUGUUCUUUCUUGAAGCAAAAUGCCAACUAUUGCUGAGCUCUCAUAUAUAUUCUGUGCUUUUUAGUAUUUAACAGGGUGAUUUAAGGAGUAUAACUUGGCCAAAUUUUAGCUUGAUGAAGAACUUAAUUAACUGGAACAAGUUGCUUUAACUGAAUCUGAAUGUCGUUCCAAAUGUAAAUGAGUGAAUAAGUCGUGUCAACAUCUAAGAUGCAUUUUAUCUUAUUCAAUGAAGUUAUGGCUUUGAUCAUAUUUAAAAGUUGUCAUCCAAAUUAGAUGUAUGUUUCCUAUUUGGAUCCCAACUAGUGAUCUUGGAAAAGAAUUUUAAUAUGCUAAAAGCACAUUUGUUCUAGCAGUGGUCAAGGAGCAUUAUCAAGCUCCAACCCAACACUAGAGGUGUCAACAGCUAGUACUUGAAUCUGAUAAAUUUGUCAGAACUUUGAAAUCUUGAUUAGUGUUUCAACUAAUUCAUACGACUUGUUCUUUAGAAACUGAUUUUUUGUUUCAGUUCUUCUUAGAAGAGAAAAUUGUCAGUUUCUUCCCCUUCCCAAACAACCUCCCCUCAUUGUUGCUGAGUAAUUGAAACUAAAUAUUCUAUUAUUUCACUACACUUUUUUUGUAAAAGAAAAAGUUGUUGAAGCUGCUAGUAAAUAUUGAUUUUAGUACGUCUAUGGAUACCACUUGUCGAUCCAUGGAGUAGUUGAAUGCUAUAAUCAAACUUUCUACUGUUAGCAAUUUAACAGGUGUCAACUGCACCAUUUCUCAUCUCAUCCACCUGGACAAAAUAGAUAAAUAUAAAUAUAAAUUGAACGCGUUUUGUUUAUCUACAAACAAAUGGUGUUCUUUGACCCGUCAGUUCAAGCGUGUGAAGCUUGCUUUCCUUCCAAGUUAUCGAAUUGAAGCGUGCUUGCAUGUAUAAAUACGCCCCGCUCUGUUCUGUAAACCAUAUCUGCAUUAGCUUCUCUUCUUCUACAUCAGCAUUCUCGCCCUCUGAACCUCUCCUCCUUC